UUUUAAAAUGUUAACGAAACAACUUGAUGUGGGUAUUAUAGUAACUUUAAUGAAACAAAUUAUUCCUCAGAUUGUCUUUUAUGAGGACAAAAACUUCCAGGGCCGUCGGUAUGAGUGUGACAGUAACUGCUCUGACUUCCAAGCCUACCUGAGUCGGUGCAACUCCAUCCGGGUAGAGAGUGGGGCAUGGGUUGUGUAUGAGAGGCCUAACUACAUGGGCUAUCAGUAUGUAGUGAAGAGAGGGGAAUAUCCAGAGUACCAGCGGUGGAUGGGUAUCAAUGAUCGCAUCAGCUCCUGCAAGAUGAUCCACUUUACCAGUGAAACCUCCUACAAAAUGCAGCUGUAUGAGAAGGCAGACUUUGGAGGCCAGGCCUUUGAAGCCACAGACGACUGCCCUUCACUUCUGGAGAAGCUCCGCUGGAGAGAGGUCAACUCCUGCAAGGUGUUUGACGGUUGGUGGGUUUUCUACGAGCACUCCAACUAUCGUGGACGUCAAUACUUUCUCGAAAAGGGCGAGUACCGCAAGCCUGGGGAUUGGGGUGCAGCGAAUGCAACAGUUCAGUCUUUCAAGCGCUUCACAGAGUGA